CCUACACUUGUCAACAUUUCUGUGAUUUCCAAAGGUAUACGACUAUUCUUGUGUAGCUAUAAAUACAACACAUUUCUCAAUUCCAAGCAUCAACAAACCUUCAAUACAUUCUUAUCUUUCUUGAUUUUUGAUUUCCUUCAUAAUAACUAUUCUUCUCAUUCUAACUCGAGAAAAGGUUCACAAAAUGGCCAUUCGUCAGAUUCUAAGACGGUCUUUGUCUAAUGAAAGGAGGUCAGCUGAAGUUCCAAAAGGGCACGCUGCUGUCUAUGUUGGUGAUAAUGAAAAGAAGCGCUUUGUGAUUCCAGUGGCAUACUUGAACCAUCCUUCGUUUCAAGAAUUGUUGUUUCAAGCUGAGGAAGAAUUCGGGUUCAAUCACCCGAUGGGUGGCCUCACCAUCCCUUGCAGCGAGGACUUAUUUGUAGAUUUCAUCUCUGGUUUGAGCAGAAGAUGAUUUGUAGCAUUGCUGUUUUAGGAGUAGAAUUUUGUAGACUAGACUACAAUCUCUUAGAAAUUGUAUCCAAUGAGAGUAUAUGAAAUAUAUCAUUGAGAAACUUUUGUUACCUUAAAAACAACCAAAAUCUGCAAAAGAAAUGAAAUCAAUUUGGAUGUGAGAAUACAGAAUCAUGUGAUUGUCUAAUUCAAG